CGUCGCGAUCUGCGCCCUAUCGGUAGAUAGUUCGAGCAAAUCCAAACAAGACAAAUGCAAACAACGUCACGAAUUAAUUAAACAAUUUUCAAACUUCCCCCGCCAUCAGUCGUCGGGCGGUGUUUUGUUUGGCCGCAUCCCCAUUGACAAAAUGUUUAACCGGUUUAGCACCCCCGGUUCCCCACCAUUAGGAGAUCGAUCGGUUUAAAUCGAGACCCGAUCGGGAUGUUCGGUUCCGCAUCGAAUCUGAAACGUGAUCAUUCAGUUACAACGUUUCGACCUAGAGUGCUGCUACUGUCUGUCCAUCAUGCGCUCCCACGUGAGAGGAAUCAUUUGUUGUUUGCCCAUCAUCGUGGCGCUGCUUACAUUUGUUGCGGUUUGCCGUGGCACACCCGUUCAGAAGUCGGCACCCGGCAUCGAGAUACUUCCGGCUGCAUUUUCCAACGGAAAUGGACCAAGCUAUGUAGUAGUGGGUGAUAAUGAAAAUCAACCUGCUGCAGCCGCUGCCGUACCGCUACAGUUUCAAUCGCGAAUAGACAUUCCAGUUGCGACAACAACGCAGCAACCCUCAACAACACCGAUCGUUUAUCAACCAGCGCCACAGCCAGCUCCGGUCCAGUAUCAGCAACCUCAGCCGCAACCGGUCCAGUAUCAGCAACCGCAGCAAGUACAGUAUGAACAGCCGGCACCACAGCAGGUCCAGUAUCAACAGCCAGUUCAGCAGUAUCAACAGCCAGUCCAGCAAUACCAACAGCCAGUCCAGCAGUACCAACAGCCGGAGUACCAGCAACCAGCUUCAAUGUACUACCAGCAGCAACCCGUACAAUACGCACAACCGCCAGCAGCGUACUCACCGUACAACGAGCAGCAGUACAACCGUCGGCCACGACCGGAAACAUCUUCGUCAUCCCCAGGCUUCUUGGAUACGAUUGCCCGAGCAUUCGGUUUAAACGCGGGAACCAACUCUAGAGCUCCGCGGCCUGCUACGACCUCCUCUUCGUCUGGGCUGGGGCUUUUGGGGAUGGCACUUGGGCUAGGAUAGAGGACCCGCAGUUUCGCCACGUAUUGCCUAAUAAUUCUCAUCUCCCGAAUGCAAAAUUUUCGAGGAAUUUAUAAAGCAAUUAUACGGAAAUCAUUUAUUCAUUCUUAAAUUGUACUUUUUUAGCUCAUUGCAACGAAGGAAAAGGCCUUCGGUUUUGUAAAUUAUAAACAGAUCGUGAAACUAAAUGGUGUAAAUAGAGUGUAAAUGCAA